AUGCGGUCAGUACUCUCCGAGGAGGAGCUGGACAAAACUACAUUGCUCACAUAUGGGUUGGAGGAGCGAGUUGCAGAAGGAAGUGGUCUCUCCGAUGGCGAGAGCCUCCUACUCAGCCAAGCUGAUUACGGUAGAUGCGAUGAUUCCGUUGUGAGGACGACGGAUCGAAACUAUAUACUCUACACGCAUAACAGACUAAGAAGCAAGUUAGCACAAGGGCGACAACCAAACAAGGAGGGGAUGAUGAGUAGCGGAAAGAACGUCUACCUUUUGAAGUGGGACUGUGAUCUUGAGCGAUUGGCUCACGAUUGGGCUAAGACCUGUCCGAAGUUCCCUGUCGCCGAUGCAAAGAUCCCCUCAGGUUCUCAGUUGGUUAAAAUGGCUCACUGUGAAAAACGAACAAUUUACGAACCAGGACCGCCCUGUCAAUCGGACGAUGAUUGUUCCACGUAUCCAAAUUCUAGAUGUAUAUCGACAUUAGGACUAUGUCAAGCUCCAGAUAUCCCCGGAGAUCGAACAGCAAAUAAUUUAUGUGGAGCAUUAAAUACGAGCAUGACCGAUUAUUCUAGAAAGACAGCUCUCGAUCUCCAUAAUUUUUAUAGGUCCCGCCUUGCAAGAGGUCUGGAAUUCAACGGUGAAACAAAUUCUACCCAACACGGGGCUCGGAACAUGAUGAAAUUGGAGUACGAUUGUCAUCUGGAGAAGUAUGCCCAAGCUUGGGCUGAUGGAUGUAAAUUCGAACACUCAAACAGCUGGGAACGUCCAAAUCAAGGGCAGAAUUUGUACAUGACCACAAUCAGGAACUGGGAGACGACUUCCCUUCUGCAUACGGCCAUUGAAAUAUGGUGGAAAGAAUUGGAGGAGUUUGGAAUGCCAUCCAACGCAAUUCUCUCAGAAGACGUUUGGAUACGAAAAGGGAGUCUUAUUGGACAUUUCACUCAGAUGGCCUGCGGCAAAAGUCAGCGUUUGGGAUGUGCGGUAUCGAAAUGUCCCGAUAUGGAGUUUGUCGUUUGCCACUACAGUCCUGCAGGAAACCGUAAACGACAUGCCAUCUACGAGAUCGGACCAACCUGCAAGAAAGGCAGUGAUUGUCCGCUGGACUGUCUCUGCAUGGGCAAAGAAGGACUUUGUGCAGUUCGAAAAACGCCGGACUUUUCAUUGUUGUAG